GCAGAAACGUCAUCAUCCACCAUGUCCUUCAUCAGUGAGUUUCUGCAGCAGACUGUCUAUCUGGGCGUGCCACUGGAGUCAUACAAUUCGCCCACAGUGCGGCCCUAUGCACAGUUCAGUGCCAGUGGAGAUGCUGGUGUCCUGGACAAAGCCAUCAAAGCUAAGGGUGUGGAUGAGAGCACCAUCAUAGAAGUGCUUGUGAAAAGAAGCAAUGCACAAAGACAGCAAAUCAAAGCAGCCUAUCAGCAGGCCAGCGGCAAGCCUUUGGAUGCAGCCCUGAAGAGUGCGCUGAAAGGAGAAUUGGAGGAGGUGGUGCUCGCCCUGCUCAUGACUCCUGCACAUUACGACGCUCAGCAGCUCAAACUGGCCAUGAAGGGCUUGGGUACAGAUGAAGACACGCUGAUUGAGAUUUUGGCCUCCAGGACAAACAAAGAAAUCAAAGAAAUUAAGAGAGUCUACAAGGAAGAAUAUAAAAAGGAGUUAGAAGAUGACAUCAAGUCUGACACUUCAGGAGACUUCAGAAAUGCUCUGCUUUCUCUCUGCAAGGCUGCCAGGAAUGAGGACCCCUUGGUGUAUGAUGAUCAGGUUGAGAAUGAUGCAAGGGCCCUGUAUGAAGCGGGAGAGAAGAGAAAGGGCACUGACUGCACUGUCUUCAUUGACAUCUUGACCACGAGGAGCGCCAGUCACCUGCGUAAAGUGUUUGAGAGAUACUCCAAGUUCAGUGAUGUGGAUGUUGCCAAAGCCAUUGACCUGGAGUUGAAAGGAGAUAUUGAGAGGUGUUUAGUCGCCGUUGUUAAAUGUGCUGGGAGCAAACCCGCAUUUUUUGCAGAGAAACUCAACCUGGCAAUGAAGGGUUCUGGAUACAAAGGCAAAAUCCUUACCAGAAUUCUGGUAAGUCGCUCUGAAGUGGACCUGGGUGCGAUCAAACAGGAGUAUCAGAAGAAAUACGGGAAGAGCCUCUACCAAGCAAUUCUGGAUGACACUAAAGGGGAUUAUGAGAAAAUCCUGGUGGCCCUCCUUGGGGGUGAGAAGUAAAUGACUACAUUGUCAAGAAUGUCUAAAGCCAAAACCAGAAAGGAGUGUUGGUCAUGUGGUAUAUAAAAACUUGUAAGGAUUCAAAUCUGGAAACGUGCACUCAUUUUUGAUAAAUAAA